CCUCCAAUGCCACGUGGCAAGGUCUUAGAUUUUGCAGGCUUGGUUUGAACACACUAGUGUGAAUUUAUGAGAUUCACAAAUAUGGAAGGGGAAAAAAGCAAAGAAGAAAAUGCAACAAGCCCUCUCUCUCCAAAACUUCUCCUAAACCCCAAAACCAAUUUCCUUCUUUCUUCUACUUCUUUUCCUUAUAAUCGCCAAGACCCAUUUAAGAGACCCGCAAUCUAAUACCAGCUGAAAAUACAAAACAAAAAAUGAAAAAAAAAAUGAAAAACAAUUUAUGAUACACCAAUCAAGAUCGCUCUAGAAAAGAUCAAGACCCACAUUCUCACUCCUUCCGAAUUUCCAUAAAACUUUUGCCAAACACACAAACACGCAUACAAACUAACCCAAAGUACCAACUAUCUCAAGAAAAACCAUCAUGCCUGCAUAUGGGGUCAUCUUUUCUCUCAUUUUGCUGCUCUCCUUGACUACUACUGUGAUCACUAGCACUAGCAGUGAAGCAAGUUUGGCCCAAGUAAAUGGGUCUUUUGCGGCUGUGAAGGGCGUUGAUGUGCCUCUCGUGCCACUUGUAGAGGCAGGGAAGGUGGAGAAGAUGGUGUUGAAUGAGAGUAGAAGGAGGUUGGGGAGCUUCCGGAUAUGUGCUCUGUGUACUUGCUGUGGAGGAGCUAAGGGUCUCUGCUUGCCAUCUCCUUGUUGUUAUGCCAUCAAUUGCAACAUUCCAAACAGGCCUUUUGGUUUCUGUUCUUUCACUCCCAAGACCUGUAAUUGCUUUGGAUGCCAUAUCUAACUCUCUUUAUUUUCUCUCUUUCUCUUGCUCUCCAUAAUUUAUGAUUAUAUUGUUUAAUUUUGGGGUCAUCUCGAUUCUAUUGUUGGGAGUGUGAGUGGGGAAGAAUAUCUGUUCUUGAUUUAUUUGUUUAUAGCUUCUUCUUUUU